AUGAUGGUUACGGGUAGAGCUGGCAUAGGAUCUCGGAAGCGCAUGCGCCGCAGCGUACGGUAGCUUGGCCGCAGAGGACGCACGGAAGUACUUUGAGAUGAUACUCCCUUGAAGUAUCAUGGCAGUCAAGUGGACUAGUGGACAUUCCUCUUCUAUACUGUGCUUGAAUGUAAACAAAGAAGGGCUGGUAGCUUCCGGAGCAGAGAGAGGAGAACUCACAAUCUGGAAUGAAGAAGGGAUUCAUUUAGGACAGAUACAGCUUCCAAGGGCAGAUGAUGUCACCUGUGUUGUGUUCUCUCCCACCUACCCCAGCAGGCUAUACACCUCCCAUGGUGAAACCAUUAGCAUGUUGGAUGUCAGAUCCCUCAAGGGGCCAGUUGAAUGCUUUCAUCUGAAUGAGGAAGAGAUCAAUUGCCUGUCAGUGAAUGAGACAGAUAGUGUCCUGGCUGCUGCAGAUGACUCUGGGGCAAUAAAAAUUAUGAACUUGGAAAACAAGAAAGUCAGCCGGUCCUUGAGGAGGCAUUCAAACAUCUGCUCCUCUGUAGCCUUUCGACCUCAGCGCCCUCAAUGCCUUGUGUCUUGUGGACUGGACAUGAAGGUUAUGCUGUGGAACCUGCAGAAAGCUCGCCCACUGUGGACCAUGACCCUGCAGGAGAACGAAGCAGAAGGAGCGGAACAGCAAUCAGCUGGCCAGUUCUUUAAUCCUCCCCUAGCCCAUUCUCUGUCUGUUGCAGCAUGUGGCAACGUCUUUGGUUGUGGAGGUGAAGAUGGUAAAAUCCGGAUCUUCAGGGUAACAGGUGUCAAGUUUGAACAGGAGCUGGGGUUUAAGGGUCACACUUUGGGGGUGUCACAGGUCCUCUUUCUGCCAGAAGAAUAUUGGCUGCUUUCGGGAGGAAAUGAUGGGAAGGUGUUACUGUGGGAUGUCAGCAAUGAAGUUGGGAAGCAACUGAAGAGUCCUGUGAAAUCCAUCCACAGGAGGAAGGCCAGAACACCAGCUUCCACCAAGAGAGAUGGAGAGCCCAGCGCAAUGGUUACAAAUGAACAUGCCAGAGUUUUACCAAAACUAAGCAUAGAACAUGGAGAAAAGGUGAACUGGAUUUCAUAUGCAGAGAUCAAAGGCUUCAGGAGGGUAUUAGUUGCCGAUCAGAGCAGCUGUAUAUCUGUAUAUCCUCUGAUUGAAACUUAGACCACAUUGUUUAAGGAAAUCUUGGCAAGUAGCUAGUUUUUUGGGUUGUUGUGAGCUGGCCUACCUGGUUUCCUACAGAGCACUCUCCUCUUUGUUACCAUCGAGAGUAAACUUCCUGUAGCUUAAAUAAUUCCCAGCUCUCAUGCAUGUUUAGAAGUGGCCAGGAAUUUGCUAUGGCACAUUAUGCGCAUAAGUAACAAUGCUUUAUCUUUUUCAAUAGUGGCACAUCUUCACUGUAAAUAUUUUCUUGUGGGGUCGGAAGAUGGUGCAUCUUGAAUACAGGUGUAACUUUGUUUGAAAUGGAUUGAGAGGAAUUGCAGGCUCAAAAAUGAGCAGACACUGAGGCAGCCUCAUGCUGCAGGUUGUAACAUUUUAUGUUUCAGUCUGCAAACAUUGUAAGAAGGUAUUCAGUCUGGGAGAAAAAUGGUGGCCUUUUCUGUAAAAACUAAAUCAAUGGGUGUGGUAAGCUUUGCUGAAGGUGUAAUUGACUGGAGUCCUCCAAAACCCCUGCACAAUAACAAAACUACUAAUUUUCCUGCUAAUUCCCCUCUUUAGUUCUUUGCUUUCCUUAUUUCAACAUUUCUGGUAAUUUAGGCCUGAAUUAGACAUAUAUUCUGAUUAUCUGAGCUGCGACAACUGAAAUGUGGGUUGCAAGCAUGUUUGAACUAUUUUUAAUUUAAUAUAGUUAAGAAUAAUUACUGAAGGGGUUAAAUAGCUAAAUUGAUUUAAAGUUCAUCAUUAAGUGGGAUUUUCAGACUGGAACAACAUUAGGGGGUGGGGGGAAAUGUUAACAGCUAUUAACUUGGCUUGUCCUCUGAUUUCAUGUGUCAGAGAAGAAAAAAAUCUUUUAAAUCUGUUUCAAUAAAAGCUUUCUCCAUCACUGUGCUACUUGUGCUCCUGCUAGCUCUUGUAUGACUAUCCUAUGUAACCCUAUAUGCUGUGAAAAAUGUGAAGUUGAGCAUUUUAUAAUUUAAAUGCAGAGUAUAAUAAAAAUACAGAGGGCCAAGUGCUGCUGUCUUCCUUACACACAUAGUAUUACUGAUUUCAAGGGCUCCUUGCAUGAAUAGGGAAAGCAGGCUCUUGCCCUAGGUGGAGUGUUAGCUUACAAAUGUGGGGGGAGGUGACCAAAUGUGAAUCCUGUGCCUUUGAAGUUAUUUAAUAAACUCUUGGCUUUUAUGGGAUGUGCAAAUAAUUCAGAAAGUUUAUUUUCCCAGGAUGUCCUGUAUCACUAAUGUGCUAAAAGUGCACUACUGUACAGUUUGGGAACUAAUCUGACCAAUUAAAUUAUUUCCUUCUCAUUGUUUAUACAUGUAAAGGAGCAAUCUUUGCCAAAAACACUGAACUCUGAAGGAUUAAAUCUGACAUUACUAAAAUAAAAUUAAUUUGUGUUUGUCAAUUAGAAGCUUUUUUGGUGGCAAGCAGUAAGAUAAUGGGAGAGAUGGAUUGUCCUUUUAUCGUAAGAAAAGAGCCAAACUGUAACUAAAAUACUUAGGAGACAUUCCCCUCUGGCUACCAAAACUAUCCACUGUACGUUGGUGAUGUUGCAUUCCAUAUGCUUUAUGAAAUUAUGCUAAUAAGUGAAUAUAAUGUAACUGGAAUAUGCUCUUGU